AUGGGAUGGUCCAACUCCGAACUCGUAGACGUCGCCGCCUCCGCCACACCGGCAGCGCGCCACGGUGUUGAUGGAUGGGAAGGAUGGGACCAAGGAGCCACGGCCACUGGUGGCGACUCCUCAAACUCUGCCACGCUUUGCCGCUUCCAGCGGCUCGACGUGAUCGGUACAGGAGGCUUCGGCAUGGUUUACCGAGCAAGGGACCGCCGCACCGGCGAGAUCGUCGCUAUGAAGUGCCUCCGCGCAAACAAGUACGCCCGCGACAACGGCGACCGCUACCUCUCCGCCUUCGCGGGCGAGGUCAGCGCCUUGGAGAAGUGCAGCGGCCAGCCGUCCAUCGUGCAGCUGCGCGCCUCGGGCCACCUCGACGGCGAGGCCUUCAUCGCCAUGGAGUUCGUGGGGCCGUCCCUCAGGCACGUCAUGAAGCACGUCCGCUUCGGGAGGAGACACACCGAGGCCGAGGUCCGCCUUAUCAUGAGGCAGCUCCUCGCCGGCGUGAGGAGGAUGAACCGUCUAGGUCUCAUGCAUCGUGACCUUAAGCCGGGGAACGUGCUCGUCGACGGCCGUGGCAACCUCAAGAUCUGCGACCUCGGGCUAUCGUGCAGCAUGGCCGACGGGCCGCCCUACUCGAACCCCAUCGGGACACGGGGGUACCGCGCGCCAGAGCUCCUCCUAGGGUCCAAGAAUUACGACGAGCGCAUCGACUCUUGGGCUCUCGGCGUCAUGAUGGCCGAGCUACUUGCCGGCAGGCACCCUUUCUAUGGGAGGACGGACAUGGACCACUUCAGCGAGAUCUUGGACCUUCUUGGCACCGCAGACAUCAAGGAAUGGUCAGGCUACGAUGGGCGGCAACUGCCUGGCGGAUGGUCACUGGAAAGCUCUCUGUGGUCUAUGUUCCCGUCUCCUGCUGAGGCUAGGAUCAGAGGCCGGCCUCCACUAUCAGAAGCUGGUUUCGAGGUCUUGAGCGGCCUUCUGCGUUGCAACCCUGAAAAAAGGCUCACGGCCAGGAGCGCACUUCGGCUUAGGUGGUUUAAGGAGGCCAACUUUAGAACUGCAAGGAGCUGA